AAGAAUCUAAAAGAAAUAACAGCUAUGGCCAAGUACACAACUUUUCUUGCUCUCCUCUUUUGCCUCCUCCUUGUUGCUGCAAAUGCCAUACAAAUACAAACGAAAGAAGCAAAAUACUGCUGGAAGAAAAGUCACAAGUGGCAUGGGCCUUGCCACUACUCUUACAAAUGUAGCCACCACUGCAAACACUGGUUUGGAGCUGAAUAUGGUAUCUGCAAGAAGUACAAAUGGGGUGAUCACAAACAUCACUGGGCAAAAUAUGCUUGCUACUGCUACUCUCCUUGCCAUUAAUCAUGAGGAAAUCAAAGCCCCAAUUCUAUUUAUCCAUGUGUAUUAAAUAAUAAAGGAUAGCCAAGAAGUUGGGGUUUUUUUGUGUGUGUAACAAUGUAAUAAAGUUGAGUUAAGGCUGUAGCCUGACCCGCUAUUGUGUUGCUUCUAUGCUUUUCUAUAGUGUUAUUGUGAACUAUUUUAUUGUGCUGAAUAAACAUUUGUUGUAUGCUUUUUUAUUAGUGUUAAUGUGAAAUAUAGUAUUCUGCUGA